AUUUUAAUCUCUAUCUCAACAAUAAAUUUGUAAUUUAAAAAUUAAAUGUUGAGAUAAUUUCCACGUGGAGAAAUAUUAUACAAUAUAUUAUUUAAAGAAAACGUUCAAGUAUAUCAACGUUAAAAUGCAAAAUAUGUCAAGAAGUUUAAAAAAAAAUCAGAAUAAUAAAUUAGAAAUAACAUCAAAUAAAAAAAUAACGUGGAGAAAAUCAAUUUUAAUCUCUAUCUCAACAAUAAAUUUGUAAUUUAAAAAUUAAAUGUUGAGAUAAUUUCCACGUGGAGAAAUAUUAUACAAUAUAUUAUUUAAAGAAAACGUUCAAGUAUAUCAACGUUAAAAUGCAAAAUAUGUCAAGAAGUUUAAAAAAAAAUCAGAAUAAUAAAUUAGAAAUAACAUCAAAUAAAAAAAUAACGUGGAGAAAAUCAAUUUUAAUCUCUAUCUCAAGAAAAAAAUGUAAUUUAAUUUGAAAAUAAAUAAAAUGUUGAGAUAAUUUCCAUAUGUGGACAAAUAUUAGAUAACAUUUAUUUAAAGAAAAAUGUCCAAAUAUUUUACCACAAAAAUAAAAAAAACAUUAAAAUGUGUCGAGAUAGAGUCAAAUAUAAGAUAAUUUGUUUACAAAUAUUAAAUUUUACUGUUUGUAAAAAGUCAAAAUAUGUCAAGAAGUUUAGUCUGAAUUUUGCAAAUAAAAAUUUCAAUGACUCUAAUUUUUAUUUUAAUUAAAUGAAAAAUAUUUAUCUCAGGGAUAAAUGAGGAGAAAUUUCGGAAUCUCAAAAACAAAAUUAAAAUUUUUACCACAAAACAAAAGUAAUAAAAUGUUAAGAUAAGGUCAAAAUGAAAGAGAAAUAUUAUAAAGAAAUAAACCAGAAAAUGAGGUUUUACUGUCAUAAUAUCUCAAGAAAUAUUAGAUAAUUUAGCAAAUAAAAAUUUUAAUAAUUCAAAUAAAAAUAGAAAAAAUACUAAAUAAAAUAAUUGACAUCUGGAAACUUUCAAUUUUAUUCUAAUUAAAAAAAUCUUUAUUUCAAGAAUAAAUACAUAAAAAUCUGAAUAUGUCAAAAUAAAGUCAAACUAAAGAGAAAUAUUUUAAAUCAAUUAAUCAGAAGGUUAAGCAGUGUUGUAUUGACAAAAAAAAUCCUCAUAUCCCAAACAAUAAAGCCUUAAUUCUGGAAAAAAAAAUACAAAUAAAAUUAUUAUAUAAAUAAUGUGGGACAAAAAAAUGUAAAAUUCCCAAUGUGGAAUUUUUCAGAAAAAUGUUAUCCAAAGAAAAAAUAAAUUCUGCCGAAAGAAAACUUUUACAGUCUUAAGAAAUUAAAGAAAGUCACAAACUGAGAAAAAAGUGUAAAUAUAAUAAACAUUUAUAACCUCACAUAAUAUUCAUUUAUAAAUGAACUAAUUUACUAAUAAAAAGUCAUUUCAAGAAUAUUUUUUAUUUUACCAAAUAAAAGCUCUGAUGGUGAAAAUAAAGUGAAGGAAAAUCGUCUUAAUUUUACAGAAAAGCAGUGAAAAGUUCAGGAAGAAGUCAAAUAAAAGCGUGUUUGUUCUUCUGUUCUUCUGUUUUGUACUGAAUUAAAGAUUACGUAAAACUAAAACGGAACAAACUGGGCUGUCUUCAGUUUUUCUCCUCCUGGUUCAGAGGAAGUUAAUGAGAAGCUGGAAAGAUGUUUAUCAGCUUAACGAAGUCGUUCGAGGGUCAACGCUUCUGCACGACGGAAACUUUUACCUGCAGAUAAGAAACUCAGAGUUUCCACAAACAUCAUUGUGAUUCAGAGGAGGCUUCAGCUAGAAGAUAUCUGCUGCUAAAUAUAAAAUAAAACAUUAAAACACAAAGAGACACACAAUAACCAGCAUGAGAGUCAAAAUAACCUAAAAAAAAAUGACAAAAAGAUGCAAAAUCACCAAAAUAAAACAAACAAUGAUCCAAAAUGACCACAAAAAGAUGGAGAAUCACCAAAAUAAGACACAAAAUGAUUCAAAUUGACAUUAAAAAGAUGGGAAAUUACCACAAUAAGAUGGAAAAAAAGAUCCAAAAUCACCUCAAGAAGAUGCAAAAUGACCAAAAUGGGACUGAAAAUGGCCACAGCUGAAAGCAAAACUACUGAAAGGAGACGCAAAUGACACCCACGGCUGCCAGAAUGUGGUAAAAAUCAAUAUGAAAAGAUGCAACAGGCGCACAAAGAGGUGCAAAUUUGCUGCAAAACAACAAAAAUAGUAAACAAAACAAUUCAAAACCACACAGAGUGAUAAAAGGAUCAAAAUAGGGCACAAUAUGGGAAAAAUUAAACAAAAUGACCCAAAAUAAGAUGCAAACAAACAAACAAAAUAAGACACAAUAACCAGAAUGACACAAAAAUCUGACGUGAAACAUCCCCAAAGAGACACAAAACACCUGAAAUAGAACACAAAAUAAUUCAAACUGACACAAAACACAACAAACGGCUGUAAAUUUUUUAAAAAGUAGAACACAACAUGGCCUAAACCGACAUAAAAUGACUAAAAACAGGUAUAAAAUGACUCUGAAGAGCUGCAAAAUGAUCCAAAUAGGACCCAAUACGGCAAACAAUUGAACAUAAAACAACCACAAACGAACGCAAAACAACCGACAAACCAAAUAAUUCAAAAAUAUGUGAAAAAAUAACUUUAAAGAGGAAAAAAAGUCCACGAGAAGACGAAACUUUCAGCAGUAAAACAAAAUGAGCAAAAUGAGUCGAAAUGACUAAAAUAAGACGGAAAACGUUUCACAGACAAAACAGAGACACAACAUUCCCCCAAACCAAACCAAAUAUAACCAGACACAAAAAUGAGACUGAAUAACUUUAAAGUGAAGAAAAAUGAUCACAAGCUGAUGGAAAGAGACUAAAAUAGGUCAGAGCACGACAAAAACUAAACAAAAUGAUCAAAAUCUUCACAUCAUGAUGCUGCCACCACCAUGCUUCAUCAUGAUGCUGCCACCACCAUGCUUCAUCAUGAUGCUGCCUCCACCAUACUUCACAUCAUGAUGCUGCCUCCACCAUACUUCACAUCAUGAUGCUGCCUCCACCAUGCUUCAUCAUGAUGCUGCCUCCACCGUGCUUCAUCAUGAUGCUGCCACCACCAUGCAUCAUCAUGAUGCUGCCUCCACCAUGCUUCAUCAUGAUGCUGCCUCCACCAUGCUUCAUCAUGAUGCUGCCUCCACCGUGCUUCAUCAUGAUGCUGCCACCACCAUGCUUCAUCAUGAUGCUGCCUCCACCAUGCUUCAUCAUGAUGCUGCCUCCACCGUGCUUCAUCAUGAUGCUGCCUCCACCGUGCUUCAUCAUGAUGCUGCCACCACCGUGCUUCAUCAUGAUGCUGCCACCACCGUGCUUCAUCAUGAUGCUGCCACCACCAUGCUUCAUCAUGAUGCUGCCUCCACCAUACUUCACAUCAUGAUGCUGCCUCCACCAUACUUCACAUCAUGAUGCUGCCUCCACCAUGCUUCAUCAUGAUGCUGCCACCACCAUGCUUCAUCAUGAUGCUGCCACCACCAUGCUUCAUCAUGAUGCUGCCUCCACCAUACUUCACAUCAUGAUGCUGCCUCCACCAUACUUCACAUCAUGAUGCUGCCUCCACCAUGCUUCAUCAUGAUGCUGCCAACACCAUGCUUCAUCAUGAUGCUGCCUCCACCAUACUUCACAUCAUGAUGCUGCCUCCACCAUACUUCACAUCAUGAUGCUGCCUCCACCAUGCUUCAUCAUGAUGCUGCCACCACCCUGCUUCAUCAUGAUGCUGCCUCCACCAUGCUUCAUCAUGAUGCUGCCUCCACCAUACUUCACAUCAUGAUGCUGCCUCCACCAUGCUUCAUCAUGAUGCUGCCACCACCAUGCUUCAUCAUGAUGCUGCCUCCACCAUGCUUCACAUCAUGAUGCUGCCACCACCAUGCUUCAUCAUGAUGCUGCCUCCACCAUGCUUCAUCAUGAUGCUGCCUCCACCGUGCUUCAUCAUGAUGCUGCCACCACCAUGCUUCACAUCAUGAUGCUGCCACCACCAUGCUUCAUCAUGAUGCUGCCUCCACCAUGCUUCAUCAUGAUGCUGCCACCACCGUGCAUCAUCAUGAUGCUGCCACCACCGUGCUUCAUCAUGAUGCUGCCACCACCAUGCUUCAAAUCAUGAUGCUGCCACCACCAUGCUUCAUCAUGAUGCUGCCUCCACCAUGCUUCAUCAUGAUGCUGCCACCACCGUGCAUCAUCAUGAUGCUGCCACCACCGUGCAUCAUCAUGAUGCUGCCACCACCGUGCUUCAUGUCAUGAUGCUGCCACCACCGUGCUUCACAUCAUGAUGCUGCCACCACCAUGCUUCAUCAUGAUGCUGCCUCCACCAUGCUUCAUCAUGAUGCUGCCACCACCGUGCAUCAUCAUGAUGCUGCCACCACCAUGCUUCAUCAUGAUGCUACCUGCACCAUGCUUCACAUCAUGAUGCUGCCACCACCGUGCUUCAUCAUGAUGCUGCCACCAGCGUGCUUCAUCAUGAUGCUGCCACCACCGUGCUUCAUCAUGAUGCUACCACCACCAUGCUUCAUCAUGAUGCUGUUAAUAAAUUUUCAAAAUUGUCUAAAACACACUUUUCACUUUGUCAUUAUGGGAUGUUGUGUGUAGAGCUUUUAGGGGAAAAAAAGAAUUGAAUCCAUUUUGGAACGAGGCUAUAACACAACAAAAUGUGGAAAAAGUGUAGCAGUAUGAAUACUUUCUGGACGUAAUACUUCUACUAUAUUCCAGAGAGAAUACUGCACUUUUUACUACUGGUUUCCAGAUACUGUGACUUCAUGUGCUUUAACUACUGAUACAUUAGUAUUUCUGUACUUUUAUUUAUCUAAAUGAGUCUUUAAAUGCUGCUUUAAAUGUGUACUUGUACUCCUGUAGUGGCAUUUCUACCACAGAGUACUCGUCUCCUCGUGCUGCGUUCACUGAACCCAACAGGAAGUUUAGUCAGCGUGACUGGAAUCAGAAACCAGCGGCUAUUUUUAGAUCCUUACAAAUAAACCUGCCUGGUGGUGGUGGAAAAAACAGGAAAUCUGAAAUAUUUCUUCAAUGUCUGAUCAUUAAAUUCACUAAAGCUGCAGCUGAUUAUGAAUUAGGGUUUUAUCGUCUGUAUUUUUUCCCACUUUUAGUCAGAGUUUAGAGCAUUUUGUUUUAGCAGUAUUAAAAGAAACUACUAAUAAUUAUUAUUUAACUUAAUUGGUUUAAUGUUAUAUUCUAAUGUUUUAUGUCUACCUUAGGUGGUUUUGCAUUUAGUUUUGUUGAUUUUUAUGUAUAAUUUGGGUUAUUUUGUCUCUUAUUUUGAUCAUUUCAUCUAAUUUCAUUGAUGUGUUUCAUUUCAUUCUUUUUACCUCUAAUUUGAGUGUUUUUUAUUUAGUUUUGCCCGUUUUUCGGUCUAAUUUUGGUCAUUUUAUUUCUAACUUUGACCAUUUUAUUUCUUUUUUUGGGCUUUUGUGCUUUAUUCUAUUAUUUUUACUUUUUAUUUCAGUGGUUUUUCAUUUAAUUUUGCACAUUUUCUGUCUAAUUUUGGUCAUUUUACUCCAAAUUUUGAUACUUUUGUCUAAUUCUGUUGGUUUAUGUUUCACUUCAGUGUUUUUAUAUCUAAUUUUUGUGAUUUUGCAUUUAGUUUUGCUGAUUUUCUGUCUGAUUUUGGUCAUUUUAUUUUUAACUUUUACUAUUAUAUUUAUUUUUUGUUGCUUUUCUCUUUUAUUUUAUCAUUUUUACUUUUAGUUUUGGUGGUUUUGCAUUUAAUUUUGUCCAUUUCUGUCUAAUUUUGCCUCUCAUUUUGAGUAUUUUGUGUAAUUUUGUUGAUUUAUGUUUCAUUGUAGUGCUUUUUUUUAAUCUAAUUUGAGUGAUUUUGCAUUCAGCUUAACCAAUUUUUUGUCUAAUUUUGGUCAUUUUACUUUCAUUUCGACCAUUUUAUUUAUUUUUUGUUGUUGUGCUUUAUUUUAAUGUUUUUCUGUCUAAUUUUGGUUGUUUUGCAUUUGGUUUUGCACAUUUUGUGGCAUAUUUUGGUGAUUUUGCCACUCCUUGUAGUAUUUUUACCUCAUCUAGGUCAUCUUGUCCCUUAUUUUGGUUGUUUUUGUCUCUUUGUGGUCAUUUUCUGUCCCACACUGACCAUUUCCCUGAAGGGUGGGCGAUAGGAGUGAGGCCACAUUAGAGAGUAGAUGAAGUUUUGGGAAUUUAUUUUUAUUGUCAAAAGCUACACUCAUAACUUAAAUAAAGAUAAACUUACAUACAUGAAACUCAUAAAUUUAGAUUCUAUGUCACAUAAAAUUUCAGAUUAUGUCUUUACUUCUGAAGUUCUUUAAUAAUAAACGUUUAUAAACUUGCAGAGAAUCCGCAGAAAAAAGACGCUUCAGAACAUCAUUGAGAACAUUCAUAUUUUUACGUUUUCUUCGAUAUUAUUAUAAUUUACUGACAAUUUAUUGGAGCACGUUUGGGUUCUUUACAAACACAGACUAAUAAUAAAUAAUUCGGCUUCAUUAUUUUUGUAAAAUGUAAACAAGUGUAGGCUCCAAUCAGCUUGUAGCUCACAGUAAAUAUGGUUCAAUACGUAGUUUAAUGGUAUUAUUUCACAUAAAUAAAGAGUUUUAAUGUUUAAUGUUAGAUUUAUAAAAAUGUUCUGAUCCGGAUGUGUUAUGAAAUUAUAAGUUAUGUGUAAAGUUCUAUUUAUAGUGGAUUUAAAGCGCCUCCUUCCGUUCCUGCAGCCUUUUAAAUAGAACCUAAUUAAACAGAACCUACAUUUAUCUCUGCUCGGAAAUUCCGUCUGGAAAGAUCCAAUUAGCUCCGUGGGUUAAUUACACCCGUGAAUAAACAUUAACUGCGGCUCCGCUGCGCUCUGGUUGGUCAGAGUUCACAUAAAUACCGGGAGGAGGAAGCAGGAACCGGCACAACCACCGAACCACCGGACUCACCGAGCCAGAAGAACCAGCAGCUGCAGCGGCUCCGUCCUCCUCCUGCUCCCCGACCAGACACGAUGCUCCGCGGCUCCGCUCUGCUGCUCCUCCUCGCUCUCAGCGCCGCCGCAGCCUUCGAGCUGCUGCCGGAGGAAGCUGCUCCCCGCCGGGCGAGAUUCUCCGCCAACAGCCCGAGCGAUGUGGCCAGAUGUUUGAACGGUGCUGUGGCUGUGGGCUGUGGAUUCUUCUCCUGUCUGGAAAACUCGACCUGCGACACUGACGGGAUGCACGAGAUCUGUGAACUGUUCCUCCACUCAGCUGCUACCUUCAACACCGAGGGUAAAACGUUUGUGAAGAAGAGUUUGCACUGCAUCUCCCAGGGAAUCUCAGGAAAAGUUUUCCAGACCAUCCGCCGCUGCAACAUCUUCCAGAGGAUGAUUGCUGAGGUACAAGAGGAGUGCUACACCAGUCUGGACAUCUGCACCGUGGCUCGUACCAACCCUGAUGCCAUCGGAGAGGUGGUCCAGGUGCCAACCCACUUCCCCAACAGGUACUACAGUACUCUGCUGCAGACGCUGCAGGGAUGCGAUGAGCAGACGGUGGCGGCGGUCCGGGCCGGGGUCAUGGCCCGGUUGGGACCCGACAUGGAAACCUUCCUUCAGCUGGUCCAGAACAAACCGUGCGUCCCCGGACCCGGAUCGACCGCCUUCAACAACCCGUCCAGCUGGAGGAACAUGCCGGUGUUCAACGUCCAGCCGGGCUUCAGGGGCCGAGACCCGACCCACCUGUUCGCCAGGAAGAGAUCCGUGGACGAACAGGAAGCUAAAGCCGACCAAUGAGAUGGCUUUAUGACUACUACUGCUGAUGUGUUCUUGUUGUUACUGUGGAGGUUCUGAGUCCGUCCACCGACUAAACAUCCCGAUUCAGAUGUUUUAAUCAUGAUUCUGAUAUUUAUUUUCUUAAUAAUUUAUGAGGUGAGGAGUGGAGGGAGCAGUGGAGGUCCAGGAGACGCUUUAACGCUGGUCGUGAAGCUCUUUAAGACUCCGUCCUGCUGGUCUGAGAUGUAAAGUCUAAUAGUCUGAUGUUAGAAAUAAACGACUAUACCACUG